AUGGGGAGAACAUGUGAUUUGUUGAUUAAAAUCCUAGAAUCAUGUGCUCAAUAUUCUGGACUACUAAAAGUGCAAGUAAGUAAUGCAAAUAGCUCUGGUGGCUUGGGCAACUCGAGAUCGUGGUUCACCUAUCAAGAACUGGCUGAAGCAACUAGUGGGUUUUCGCCCCACAAUUUAUUGGGUGAGGGUGGUUUUGGUUCCGUGUACAAAGGAAAUCUUGUCGAUGGCCGAGAAGUUGCUGUUAAGCAGUUAAAGAUUGGAGGAGGACAAGGGGAGAGAGAAUUUAGAUCUGAGGUGGAGAUUAUAAGUCGUGUACACCACCGCCAUUUGGUGUCGCUCGUGGGUUAUUGCAUUUCCGAGGACAAGAGGCUGCUCGUGUAUGAAUAUGUUCCUAAUAAUACCCUCUACUUCCAUCUUCAUGGUCAUCAGGGUAAGCCAGUUAUGGAUUGGGCUACGCGUGUGAAGAUAGCUGUUGGUGCAGCUCGUGGUAUCGCUUAUCUUCACGAGGACUGCCACCCUCGUAUAAUACAUAGAGAUAUCAAAUCAUCAAAUAUACUUCUAGACAGCAACUUUGAAGCACGGGUUUCUGAUUUUGGACUUGCUAAGUUAGCCAUGGAUGCGAAUACACAUAUCACCACCCGCGUUAUGGGAACCUUUGGUCAAGCACUAGACACACAGGAAUUCAGGGAAAUAGCAGACUCAAAACUUGAGGGGAAAUAUGUUGACAAUGAGAUGUUUCGGCUAGUCGAAGCAGCAGCAGCUUGUGUUCGUCAUUCGUCAGCAAAGAGACCCAAAAUGGGACAAGUAGUGAGGGCUUUUGACAGCAUGGCUGCCCCGGAUUUAACCAACGGAAUGAGAGUUGGGGAAAGCGAAAUCUUUAACUCCGCUCAACAAUCUGCCGAAAUUCGACUGUUUCAGAGAAUGGCGUUUGGCAGUCAAGAUUACAGUACGGAUUAUUUGAGCCACACUGAAACUAGUGAAGGAAGUGAAGUCAACCAAACCAGCAGCAAAAAUAGCCGGAGAGAUUUAUGAUUUUAAUGAGACAUGAUGAAGGUAUUCUCCUCCAUAUGAACAUAUCUUUAUGUAAAUGAAUUCACAGCUGGGGCUUGAAGACGUUUUUGCAUAUAUUUUUAGACUACGAGUUUUAGUACGUGAUUUAGGUUUUCAUUAGUUAACGUUUUGUUGCCCAAGUAAUCUUUUAGCUUUCUAUUUGUAGGGGCGGGUUAUUUUUUUCCUGUAAAUUCAAGGAAAUUUUUGUUACCAUCAGUAUCUAUAAUCUAAUAAAAAGCUUAUUCAGUUUUACA